GUGGUGUAUCUAACAGCCACCUUCCCGUAUGUCAUGCUGUUUGUGCUGCUGGUACGCGGUGUCACUCUGCCUGGAGCGACCCAGGGCAUCAUCUACUACCUCAAACCCAAUCACAUCCGCCUGGCAGACCCACAGGUAUGGAUGGAUGCAGGUACCCAGAUAUUUUUCUCAUAUGGAAUCUGUUUGGGAUCUCUCGUAGCCCUCGGCAGUUAUAACAAAUAUGACAACGACUGUUACAAGGAUUCUUUCCGUCUGUGCCUCCUGAACAGCUUGACCAGUUUCAUAGCAGGUUUUGCCAUCUUCUCGGUGCUGGGCUUCAUGGCUGAGGAGCAGGGCGUGGACAUUGCAGACGUGGCACAGUCAGGGCCUGGCCUUGUCUUCAUUGCCUACCCAAGAGCUGUAGCCAUGAUGCCUGUACCCCAACUCUGGGCCGUCUGCUUCUUCCUCAUGAUCAUCAUGCUCGGGCUGGACACACAGUUUGUGAGUUUGGAGUCCUUGAUGACGUCAUUGACCGACCUGUUCCCACACCUGAUCCGACGAGGCCAUCGCAGAGAGCUGCUGCUGCUGUUCAUCUGUGCCGUUUGCUUCCUUGUAGGACUGGUCAUGGUCACGCCGAUCGGUCUCUAUGUCUUCAACAUUUAUGACCAGUUUGCCUGCAGUGGAGCCAGUCUGCUGCUUCUCGCCAUGUUCCAGUCUCUAGCUAUCGGCUGGGUUUACG